AGCAUGUCAACGGCGGCGCAACGCGCCAAGCGUCGCGAAGAAGUCGAUCAUGCGUAUAACGAAGUAGCUAAGGCAGCUUCAUGGGGUGCGGUGAAGUACGGAACCGUAGGUGCUGCAUUAGCUACGAUCGGGCACUUUACUUGGCCUGCAUUUCGACGACAAACACUAGCAUUCAAAGGAUUCCUCACAAUGGGCUUCGUCUGUACAGGCCUAAUAAUCCACGGCGAAUCCCGUCUCCUCGCACACGAACGCCAAGUCCGUCACACAGAGACCAAACUCCGACGUGAAGCCCGGCUAGACCUCGCACGCCGAGGACUCGUCGGUACAGAGACGGAGAUAGCAAAGUGGAAGGAGGAACGGGCUAAGAGGAUUAGUGAGGAAGCAGCGCAGGGGCCUGUAGCUAAUAGUACGGGUAAUACGGGUACGGGUAGUAGUAGUAGUGCUGCUUCUUCGAGUUGAUAUACUCUUAGACUUAGAGUCGGUGAAGUUGGAAUUGGGCAAGGUGUUUCAUAGCUUUGGAUUUUGGAACAAUAUUUAGCGGUGUGGACGUCCCGCUUGUAUAUUAUAAUCGCGCAA